AAACUAAUAAACUAAACUAGUAGAUUUGACAUGAAGUGAAUGUUUUAACUGACUUUAAGAAAUAGUACGUCCAUAAAAUGUGAAAUGACGAGGUAUUUUCCUUAAACGAAUGAUGCUUUGACAUCAGGGACUGCGUUUGUCAACUGUCUGGUGGAGCCUACAUGUUGUAUGACAAUCCCUACUAUUGUAAACUACAAUUUUAAUGUUGUUUUUUUGUGUUUAUCCAUUAUUAUUUAUUUCUGUUGUAGCUAUGUGUAUAUGUUUGUUUGAAGUUCAAUUUUUUUUAAACUGUCUGGUGGAGCCAUGAGAGUAAAUAUUGAGCCUUUUGGCUUUCCAUACAGGAGCGCAGACACGAUCAGGGAGGAUGUGUUUUCAUGAGAUGCUCAGACUCUCCACGUCUUUCGGCUGAAGUCUGACAGGAUUGACUCCAACAUCAACGACUUCAGCCAGCAUUCAUCUUUAGCAUCAAGACUGAAGAGAGGAAAGAUGAAGUUUCCGACGGAAAACCCAAGAAAACCAGGAAACAUGAAUCCUCCACCAGUGGCUGUUCAGACCAACCUGGUCCCCCCGAAGAAAGUCCAGCCUGGCAUGCUGCAGUCCAGUUUGGUCCAUGCCAGCGUGGCCACCAUGCAGAACCCUAUGGGCUGCGCUCUGCCCCGGGUCUCCUUGGCGUCUCGGCCGGCCAGCAUGGUAGCCAGCAUCGAGGUGGUGGCCGAUGGAUCUGCACCUUUCAGCUUCAUGAAGCCAAAGACCGCCUUAGCUGUGUUCGUGGUGGUGGUGGGCUAUCUGGUGGCAGGGGGCUUGGUGUUCCAGGCGCUGGAGCAGCCUUUUGAGAACAACCAGAAGAUCACCAUCACAGCAGAGAAGGCAGCUUUCCUGCAGAAACACCCAUGUGUAUCUCAGGAGGAACUGGAGGCCAUCAUCAAGCACUCUGUGGAGGCAGUCAAUGCUGGAGUGAACCCUGUUGGAGACACUUCCUACAACUCCAGCCACUGGGAUCUAGGGAGCGCCUUUUUCUUUGCUGGGACAGUCAUCACAACCAUAGGCUAUGGAAACAUUGCUCCCAGCACAGAAGGAGGGAAGAUUUUCUGCAUCCUCUAUUCAAUUUUUGGCAUUCCACUCUUUGGAUUUCUGCUGGCAGGAGUUGGUGACCAACUGGGAACUAUAUUUGUCAAAAGCAUUGCCAAGGUGGAGAAGAUGUUUCGGAAUAAUCACAACCAAAUCAGUCAGACCAAAAUCCGUGUGGCCUCAACACUCCUCUUCAUCCUGGUUGGCUGCAUCUUAUUCGUCACCAUCCCAGCCGUGAUCUUCAAGCACAUCGAGGGUUGGACGUGUCUAGAUUCUACGUACUUUGUUGUGAUAACGCUGACAACCAUUGGAAUAGGCGACUAUGUAGCUGGAGGAGACAGAAAGAUUGAGUACCGCAAGUGGUACAGACCGCUUGUAUGGUUUUGGAUCCUUGGUGGCCUGGCGUACUUUGCUGCAGUACUGAACAUGAUCAGUGACUGGCUCCGGGUGUUGUCCAAAAAGACCAAAGAAGAGGUUGGGGAGAUCAAGGCUCAUGCAGCGGAAUGGAAAGCAAACGUGCGAGCAGAGUUUCGGGAGACCCGGAGACGUAUGAGUGUGGAAGUCCAUGAGAAGCUCCAGCGAGCCGCCACCAUGAGGAGCAUGGAGAGGAGACAACUGGGCUUAGACCAGCGAGCUGUGUCAUUGGAUAUGCUUUCCCCAGAGCGACGAGCCAUUUUUAAUAGCCUGGACACCAGCAACUACAAGAACUCCUCCCAAGAGAGCAUUGACAUCAAACUGAACAACCUCCAUCUACAGGGCUCAGAGCAGAGCGUUCAACACCACAACCACCAGACCUCGUCUGAAGACAACAUCUUCAACCGCCUGGGAUCUGUCACCAGACUGGCCAAGCGAAGCAGAAACCGGGACUUGAAGAAGAACAUCCCGGAUGAGGCUCGACGGCCUCACAGCGAGGCCUAUACCUGUAGCACACGUCCCUUCGACUGCAGCACUGCCUCUGCAGACGAAGGGAAACUUAAAGGUGAAGGAGAGGAUGAGAACGAAGAGAAGCAGUGCAACACUAGCUUAUCUGAAUUCACCAUGUUUGUGGAACCCUGUAAGCCUGUGAAUGGGUUGGUCCAGGUGGAGACCCAGGAGAAGAAGGAGACAUUUGUCACUAAAGAGCUCCCCUCUCAGAUGGGCUUUGAGAGAUAGACUUUGAGCUCUUUUGAUUUUAAAUCCACCAUUUGUGCCUUUUCGUGCAUGAGCAGAGAAACAGCUGAGUUUCUGCAGAGUCAUGUCAUUAAUUGUUCCCUACAGAUUUAAAAAUAACUCAGUGAUCCAUGGUGUGGUGUGUCUGCAGGACCUGACCAGGUAUCUGUGCUUGCCUCAUAACAGAUGAUGGUUGUCAGAAACUAAGACUUGCAGACACAACUGUGAUAUAGCAAUUCUAAGGUUAAGGUGGUUCUUCUUGAGGUCUUAGAAGCACUGUAACUGCUGCUGCUAUGGUUUUACACACAUAUCUAUUGUGAUUAUUUCACUGUGUCCACUGUUCAGCCCAAAACAAUUGCUCCAAAUCUGAGGAGAUCAGACCAUUUUGGUUGCUUACUGCUUAAUUGUAAUGAUAAGUUUGGAUCUAAGCUCUUGAUUGACUUGAUUGACCAAAGAAAAGUUGAAGAAAACUUGGGGGGGGGUUACCUGAAUGGAAAAUAAACAAACUGCAUUUGCAGAUUCACCUUCAACUUUCCAUGAACAUUUUUAGAUGGUUUACGUGAAGAUUUGGAUAAAUUGAUGAUUUGGGAUUUUUUAAAAUUAUUGUUUAGUUUGGUUGGUUUUUACCAAAAAAUAAACAAAGCUUGAGGAACACCAAGCCACCAGGAACAUGCAAUUACAACAAGUGACCAUGGGGGGCAGUAUUGCCAACAACAAGUGCUAUCCAGAAAUAAAUUAAAGCACAGGGACGAAAUCAAGCUCAUCGAGUUAGGUCUGCGUCUUCUUUUAUAUUUAAGUACCUCUAUUUCAUAGUUUCACCACAUUUUCCAACAUUUUUCAGGGUUCACUCUUUUUUGUACUCGUACUUUUGGCUGCUUUUUUUUAACUCUUGAAAUUUCAUUUUGUGGGGCAGUUUUUCAGCAUCCACGGUGCAGAGAACCGCUACAAGUAAACCAGAGCAAUUCUUUUUUUGGUUUGCUUGGACACUUACUAAUAAAUAAGAAAUACAUUUUUUUUUAAAAAGGUCCAGACUCAACAGCUUAGUGUGAAAGCACCUUAUCUUUUGUAAUCAGUCACCCAUCAGGGAGUUUUGAGGUUCAAUGACCCUUACAUCAGUUUGUUUAAGUGUCCUUUUGCAACGGGUGAACUGCAGUUUGCCCAAACAGCUGCAAUCAUCAUUUUAUUUGAAAAAAUACAAUAAAAAAAAUAACAAUAAUAUGAUCAAAAGGGUCUGAACUGAAAAGAUAAAUGAUGGAAAUUUUCCAUCCCCUGAUUGCUGUUGCAUGUUUGAGCUGCACGUUAGUACCAUAGAUUAGUCUGUUCAGUUUAGGUAACGGAUAAUUCUGCCUGCUGCGAGUCACGUUGAUGAAUCAUGAUCCUAAACAUCAUUAAAAACUCACAUCGGACACUAAGUCAAUGAGAUGUUACAAUAUCAAUAAUUAAGGUUAAAAAAAAGUUACCUUUUUUGGGGGAGAAAACCUUUAUCACUCACUCAAUAACAAAGCUCAAACAAAGCAUGUCAGAUACUUCAGAAAAUUCAAAAGGAGACCAUACGUUUUUAUUCUUCAUUCUUGAUCAAAACGACCACUUUUGCAUUGCUGCAUGAAGUGAACCUCAAAUCCUUAAAACAAUUAACUCUAAAAAGUGGGAGGAACAAUAGAACACUGUUGACUGAAACGAUAAACUUUCUCUGUGUGUUUCAUUGUAAUCACUUAUCAUUUAUCAUUUUUUAUUAACAUCAAUCAUACAGACUUUUUUGAAUGUGUCGUUUUAAAAAAAGAAGAACCUGCUGUGCAUUGUCCUGAAAAAGGACAACUGAGCAAACAACUAUAAAUGCCUGCUGGACUGUGACCUCUCUGAGCUCCAUCUCAGCCUUUCUUUGCCUUAAUUUACCGGUACUCAUCAGGUUUGUCUGUGCUGCAUUUAUUCAUUCUGAGGUCAAUGGGGAUCAUUAAAACGGUUCACUCUCUAUGAAAUCUUAAAUCAAAGACAGCUGUAAUAAUGGUAUUAUUAAAAAAUAAUAGGGUAGUGAGAUUAAGUUGAAUCAAAUAUGUUAAAAUCAACAUCAGAAAACAUUAAAAAGCUUUAAAAAAGCUUACAUUGUUGAUUUGGGCUUCGUAUAUUUUCCAACUUACUUAAAGUAUCACAAAUCUGUAAAAAAAAUUGUUAUUCGUUAGAUGGGAUAUGCUAACGUCUGUGAUAAUCUGCAGUACUGCAUUUUUUUGCACUUACUCUGCGCUACACCUGGAAGUUUAUACAACAUGUGUGACGCCUCUAAAAAAAUAUGAUGUAUUUCCUAGGCGUUUUAGUUCAAAACACUGAAAUCUUGAACAUUAAACAGGAAUAAAACGACAUGGUGUCAUGUUAAAAUGCCACCAUGUUUGUGGGUUUUGUGUUUCUUCCACGGCUCCACAUGGCGUGUAAUUUUGUUGCUCACGCAGCAUGUGCUCUGUACCUGAAUGUUUACUAUGUUUACUGUAUAUGUUGUACAACAUUACAUUAAAUGUGAUGACUUUCAGAAUGAAA